AUGGGCUUGACAUUCGGCAACGUCACAGCGAAGAAGUCCUCUCCAGGUUACCCAGUGCAUGGCGUUGUUCUGCCUGGGGGAAACGAACCUGCAGAUUCUGUCUCCACUGGCGGCUUGGGUUUAGUCCAGACGUCCCUGGGUUUACCCUGCAACAUCGGGUGCUUAAGCUCGUGGUCGUCAUCGUUAGUCGUCUCCAAUGUCGUGGAAGAAUGCCCACGAUCAGGUGUGGCAUUUCCGGAAUCGAACUCAAGCGGUCGGUGGAAUGAAGGAGAAAGUGAAUACAACCCCCCUAUCCCACCGACAUUGAUAGAUCCGCUAUUCCAAGGCUUGGACAAAAUAUCAAGACACUACCUCACCUAUUUUUUGCUGACAGAUGCGGCAGUUGAUCGCAAUUUUUGUAAACUGAUGGUACUCUUCGAAGUCCCUCACAACAAUCCAUAUCGCCGUCUUAUUCAGAUGGUUAAUGUUUCCUCUGGUUUGUGCGCCGCAAUGGCUGCAAUCGGCGCAUGUCACCAUUUACACAUUCUUCACUAUUCAGACCAAUCGCAGCCGGUCGAGCGCUCCUGCAAAAGCAAAGGAUCGCUGUUAGAGGAUGGCGAACAAUUCGCGCGCUCGCCUAAUCCAAAUGUACGAGUUGCAUAUCAGCAUCUGUUACUUCUGAAGCAUCGAGCGCUUUGUCAACUGGAGCAAACCUUGUCAAAUCCCAAGACGCGAGGAGAAGAUGCACCAAUUGCUUCCGCACUUCUCCUAAUGGUUCUUGACAUGGUAGAAUCAGGGCGCGGGACUUGGAAACUCCAUGUCGAAGGUGCCAAGAAGCUGCUCCAGGGUCGUAUUUUCCCGCUGCUAGCGAAGGCCUCGGAUGGGGCGUCACCAUUGCCUCGUGCAAUCUACGAUGGCUUUAAUAUGUUCCUAGCAGGAAGCUGUCUGACUUUCGACAUCAUGGGCUCCACUCUCACUCCGUCCGGGAGUUGGUCUGAACCGAUAUCAUCACAUCUUAUAACAUCACCAAAUCUUCUAUCAGAUACUGAGAAAAAAGUUUGGCUUGGUUGUCCGGGUUCCCUGCUCCGCAUAAUCCUUUACAUUUCAUCCCUACGGCAUACAGCAAGUUCACCACAAACCCUCGCGCCGAGAGUAAAUAUCUCCACCAUUUUAUCUCAAAUUAAUGCUUUCGACCCAGAACGUUGGACGCGAGAUAUUUAUUCUUCCCUGUAUACUGGCACGGAGUAUCAGGUCUCUGACCACCAUUUAUCAAGGGGAUCUCAUUGGCGCACUCCUCCUGUUCUUGAAUCAUCUGAUUCCACGGACAGUAACAUUCCAUUUUCAAACUCGGAUGCGCUCUACCACCUUGCUUCAGCAUAUAAAAUUACCAUCACCAUUUAUGCUAUCCGGAUCCUCUUGCACCCGUCGCCUGACGAAUGCACCUUCUUUGCGGAGCAGGUCACUAUAGUACUAAACCACCUCUCCCUCAUCCCUCCGACAUCUGAACUGUUUAAGAGUAUAUUGUGGCCGACAUUUAUAGCGGGUGCGGAAUGCCGCUGUCCAGAGCAGAGAACUUGGUUCCAUGAUAAAUUAGACCAGAUGUGGCGCCAGUGCUGGACUUUAAAUAUACGAGAGGCCAUGCGCAUGUUGGAUGUUAUUUGGAGACGCGAAUAUCAACACGACGGGGACUGGGCGGCGGAUUUUGAUCGGUUAGGUGCUAAUUGGCUAUUUAUUUGA